AUGACUAUCAAUGAGAAGGCAAGCGUGGAUGACACGGAGCUGGGAAGCCCUAGGGACUCCACUGAGGAGCACGAGGUCUUCAAGAAGACCGAGGAUGGCGUCAGCUUCCGCGGUGUUGGCUGGUUCAAGGCGUGUAUUAUCUUCGUGAAGGUCCUCUUCGCGACGGGUGUGCUGUCACUGCCAGCUUCACUGUACUCCCUCGGUGCAGUGGGUGGCUCGAUCAGUAUUAUCGCAUGGGGCGCGUUCAACACUUACUCUUUCGUGAUUCUGGGCAACUUCCGCAAGAAGCAUCCUCACUGCCACUCUAUUGCCGACAUGGCAGAAGUUGCCGGCGGUUUCUUCGCGAAGGAGCUUACCGGUAUACUCUUUCUCAUCGGCUACGUCCUUGUCACGGGUAGUGGUAUCAUUGGAGUUUCGACUGCCUUGAAUGCCCUCUCGCACCACUCUGCGUGUACUGUUUGGUGGUCUUUGAUUGGAGCGGUUGUAAUUAUCGCGACGGCUUCGGUACGCAAACUCCAGCAUGUGGGCUGGCUCACAUAUGUGGGAUUCAUUUCCAUCUAUGCUGCAGUUCUGAUCGUUGUCAUCGGAGUCACAACGCGCGACCGGCCGGCCGCUGCACCCCAGGAGGGCCCUUACGAGCUCGGCUAUGUGGCUAUCAACAACCCCGGAUUUGCUGCUGGCAUGGUUGCUUCCAGUACUAUCUUCGUCUCCACAGCUGGUACCAGCGCUUUCAUCCCGGUGAUGGCGGAGAUGCGAAACCCGAAGGACUACAAGAAGGCGUUAUACCUGUGCAUGAUCGUGGUUAAUGCGUCGUACCUUGCUUUCAGCUUGGUUGUCUAUCGUUGGUGUGGACAAUGGGUGGCCAGUCCAUCUUUGGGUAGCGCCGGACAGACGAUCAAGAUGGUUUCUUACGGUGUUGCACUGCUAGGACUGGUCGUGAGCGCCACGAUCUACUUGCAUAUCGCCGCCAAAUACAUCUUUGUGCGUAUCUUGGGUAACACGCGUCAUUUGCAAGCCAACACUAUCGUUCAUUGGGCCACUUGGUUGGGCUGCACGAUCGGUCUCGGUGCUAUUUCCUUCAUCCUCAGCGAGACUAUCCCUAUCUUCAACUAUCUGGUUGCCCUGAUUGGAUCCGUUUGCUUCGCCCCUCUGGCCAUGUGCCUUCCUGGUUUCUUGUGGCUGCACAGCAAUAGUCACUACCGGAAGGGUACACUUAUGCAGAAGGUGAUCUACCUGCUGCACUGGGGAAUGGUGCUUCUCGGAAUUUUCUUCCUUGUUGGUGCGACGUACGGUGUUAUCGUUCAGAUCAUUGAUGCGUACGCAACGGGAAUGAUUGGCUCCUCUUUCAGCUGCCUCGACAACUCGAACUCGUCGUAA